CGAUUCUGUUCAAGAAGUUGAUGGAUUCUCUUGUAUACAGGUUCAACCACCUAUCAGCCAAACUGGAAUUGGCGGCAGCUAAAAUUGACGGAAAUGUAAACGAUGAUCAGAUAUUGACAUGCUACGAAGCAUACACAGGUCUCGUUGAUCUAGUAGAACUGCUGAACACAUCCUUCGGACUGCAAAUGCUCUACUCGGCCAUUCUGCACUUCAGUUUGGUUCUGAUGUUCAUCAUCGACACUCAGCACCUCUUGCUUUUCGUCAACUUUGUCUACAUAGCUCGCCUUUUCUAUACCAUCAAUGCGACCGCUGAUAAGCUGUUGAGUGCUAGUGAAUCGAGUUUGGAUCAGUUAUCAACAAAUUGGCUCCAUGGUCUAUCCGAGCCGACCCUUUUCCAGAUAGAGGUAUGGAUGCUACAGUUCGCAUCUUCCAAGGCUGAAGUAUCAUUUGCAUCUUUCAUCACACUCAGCAAAUCAGCCUAUGUCUCUAUGGUUCUAGCGGCCACAACUUACGCCAUAUUGAUUUUGCAGCUUAUGGCAUCAAACCGCUCUUCAGAAUUUAUUCGUAUGAUUCGAGGCUUUGUUGUACAUUUGUGAUGUCUAAGAAUAAUCACGUAGAUGAACUGAAAUAAAACAAUAUUGAU